AUGAACGCUCACCAUCAGACACCCCGGAGUGUACUCGACCAAGUCGGCGAUUGGAAGCUAGGAGCAACGUUGGGUAGAGGUGCAUACGCUCACGUCCGGCUCGCCACUCACAAGAAUGGUCAUAAGGCUGCCUGUAAGAUUUUACCAGCACUUAAUCGCAAUGGACGGAGACCCGCCACAACGGACGAGACAGUCGACGCCAUCGAAGCUCACAAGGAGGUUGUGCUACUCAAGGCUCUGAGCGGGGCGGGAGUGGAUGGCGUAGCCGGGCUCGAAGGGGUGAUAGAAGAGGAAGGCUGGACUUUUGUGUUCCUCACUCUCUACCCCUGCUCUGUGUCAUCUUUGCCAACUCCCUGGACUCAAAGUUCUCUCGCCAUCUUCUUUCGGCGACUCUUGAUCACGACACAUAAUCUUCAUAGCCUCAAUGUCAGCCACGAAGACAUCAAGAGGUCCAACGUCUUGGCAACUAGCGAAGGGCUCCCAAUUUUGGUCGACUUCGGUUUUUCACACUUCAAAGCCUUCGGCGGCCUCGUCAAGAGUGCAGGCGGGACCCUCGACUACUCUAGCCCUGAAAAGACUGCAGACGUUAAAUAUGACCCGAAGGCAAACGAUGUCUGGUCUUUGGGUAUCCUUCUGAUCAAGAUGGCUGGUAUACCCCACCCUUACGCCUACACAAGCUCGGACGACACCAGCACCGCUGUCAAGAAGCGUAUCCUUCUAGGAGACCCGAAGUUCAGAUGGAGACUCCGAGACCAGGGUCCCGGAGGUAUGGCAGAGCUCGUCGAAGGAAUGCUCGAAAGAGAUCCCCUGAAGCGAUGGACUAUACCAAGGAUACUCAAUCAUCCCUAUUUGAGGACUGAGCACCCCGAUCCACCCCCCUUCAAACUGCCUUCAACCGAGUCCACCACUUUACGACGCCCUUCCCAGAGCGUGGUCGAAGAUUUGUGUUUCCUUGCGUAUCUCAACGGAGAAUUUGCUCUCUGCGAGACCUCACUUCGUAUUGAACAACGCCUGGAGGGAGAGGAGGCAUGUUGGGAAAAUAGAUGGGCUAGUAUGCUUGGCGCUUGGUCCAAGAGAGUGGAGAUGGAUUGGAAAGAUAUCCCGGCAUCCAUCACGCCCAUCAAGCCGAGACACAGAACAGCUGGUCCGGUUAUUUCUGCGCCAAAGCCAGCCCAAAAGACCGAAACAAAGCCUCUGAAAGAGAUACACUUGUUCCCCAAUAUUCCUCUGCCUUCUUUCAAUCCCCCUUCGCUCCAUUUGCCUGACAAGAAGCUGAUCAAACCUUUGCGAUCACGACUCCACGACAUGAAGAGUAAAGAAGGAAAUAAGGCGACCUCAAAUACUGGUCAAAGACCGAUCGCUUCUCAAAAGGCUGCCGGGUCAAAACUCGAGUACGCUUCACAAGAUGAAGAUCAGAUGUUCCCGCAUCAAGUGAGCCGACAUAAGAAUGUCCUUCGGGUCAAGAAGCCCAAAAGCAGAAUGGGUGAUAGCAAGGCGCUCUACUAUCAGGCCAACUUUCAAGUUUACACAAGCGAUCCUGAAUCGGAAACCGAAGAGAAGGAGUCACCGGAUGCUACUCCUUCGGAUACGACCAAGAACAUCGGGACAAUGAGGCUCAAGACGAAAGUCACUCAAGAUCUUGUCAAGAAAGGCGAGACAGAGACAGGGCGCUUGAGGAGGAAGGAAGGACUUGGAUCCGGCGUGCCUGACAACGCAAAAUCGCCCUCAUCUCUCAAUGAACAGCUGCAAGGCUUCUUACUUGCUCCCUCGGAUGACAAUGUUACUCGAAGACGCUCUCCUAGAUUCAGGACCGGAGACGUCUCUGGCCGCUGA